GGACCAAUUUAUUUACAUGACAAUAGUGACUUUGAGUCGUACUGCCAAUUCUUUAAUCACUUAAAAAUGAAACUUUGUAGCUCCCCCCUGGACAGAUUGGUUAUCGGCAGUGACGACGAACGCGCUCUUGUAAAGGCCAUUACAACAGCGUUCCCUGAAUCUACGCACGUACUUUGCACGCGACAUCAUUACACCAACACAAAACAAAAACUGAAAGACGACGGCGUAAACGACAAGAACAGGACUGACAUUCUCGACAUGAUAUUUCGUGACGGUGGAAUCUUGGACAGUGACGACAGUAUUUGUUUUGACGAAAAAUGUGACCGACUAGAAAAUCACUGUAGGGAAAUAUCACAAAACUUUGUGAAAUACUUUCAAGACAGACUUCGACCACAGAUGAAAACAAAGGUUAAUGACCCCUCACUAUCUGAUAAGGUUGACGGACAUUGGACGAACAAUAACUGUGAGUCAAUGAACCAUGUCCUUAAACAGGCCAUAGACUGGAAGUCCAAGCCAUUGACUGACCUGGUUGAGACGCUCCAUUCCCUGGUCCAAGGUCAAUUUCUGGACUUGCGUAGUGCCAUUAUCGGUGCUGGUGAGUUCAGACUCGCACAAACUCAUUCACAAUUUCAACUCACCAAAUCUGUGUAUGUAGACAUGACGGACGAACAGAGACGCAAGCAUUUUGUCCGUUUUCGACGCCACCCGUAUCAAAAGCCCGGUUACAUGACAUCUACGGACGGACAAUCGACGAUAAUUGCACCAAGAACCCACGGUAAAAAACCAGGUCAACGAAAAAGAAAAAUUAACACUCGGACUGUGACAGUGAAGAAACCAAAGACGGGAUAAAUAUCAAUGCAUAAAUAUAUUAUAGAUGACCGCAUAAGUAAGUUCGAGUGUGUCUUAAGAUGUCAUUUAUGCUCAUCAGGCUGUAGUCUAGCCCAUACUCGAACUGAAAUGGAUUUACCAUAAUAUAAUAUGCAUUGAUAUUAAUAUUACAUAAAAAAAAUGUAGGGGUCUGCCUAUGUAUAUAUAUUUUGUAGUUUUAUAUGUAUAUAAUAAUGAGAUAGUUAUUUGUUGAUUUUGUUUUUAAAACAUCACUAUUUGUAAAUAUAAUUAAAUUAAAGUUUAAAUGACAUUUCAAUAUCAUAUAUAAUACCUCAAUUAAUCAAUCAGUUAAAUACAUCAAGUUAUUGUGUAUUAUUAACACCUCUUUAAAUGUGAUAAUUAAAUCAGCGUGUGUCCGUUCAAUCAGCGUGUGCACGUGUAAUAAACGAGGCGUGAAGUGUGCCUUGAUUGAUUUCAAUAUCAUACUUCUUUUUCAAUUAUGUAUGUAUAUAUGUUUGCUAAGUUCUGUUUUAUAUCUGUUUAUUUUGUUCUUAGUAUUUAGUUUCGUUUAUUUUUAUUUAUUGCACUGUUUAUUGUCAAAAAUAAAAAAAACAUCACUGAAACAAUUAUUGUUCUUCUCUUCCUGCUAUUUUGAAUCCUCUUGUCUUCCAUAUAGCCUACAACAAAUAAAUAUAUUAAUAUAUUAGACAAGGUACAUACAUUUUAAAUAUUUAUAUACCAUCUGUAUGUCUGAGGUAAGAAGACCAGUGCUUUUCGGUGAUGUAUUACUAUUACUUCACAGGACCGGAAAGCAAUAAUGGAAUGUGCAGGACCGGAAAGCACUUGAUAUAUCUAUUUUAAUAUCUAUUUUAAACUUUUUUAUUCGUAAUAUUAAUUAUAAAAAAAUAAUGUCAGGGAGAUUUUUUCCUAAUAAAUCUCUUGGUAACGUUUUCAAUUCAAUACAAUGAAGGUUGUACGUUUUUUAGUGAAAAUUCGAGUGCUAUUCGGUACAUAUACUUAACAAAACCGGAAAGCAUUCUCAAUUUCUUUAACAUUCCUAAAUAAUCGUUAUAAUAAUCAUAGUACAAUUAUAAAAACAUGUUGUCUGGAAAAUUUUGAUAUAUUAAAUCGAUUGGUAACACUUUCAAAUCAUUAAAAUAAAGUUUUCAUGUAUUAAUUUGAUAAACUAUAUUGCUAUCCGGUAAAGUACAUGUACCUUAGCAGGACCGGAAAGCACUCGAUAUAUCUUAUUUUCCUAAAUAAUAGUAAUAAUUAUCAAUAUAUAUUUAUAAAAACAUGUUGUCUGAAAGAUUUUGAUCUAAUAAAUCGAUUGGUUACACUUUCAAACCAAUAAAAUAAAGUUUUCAUGUAUUACUUUGAUAAACUAUAUUGCUAUUCGGUAAAGUACGUGUACCCUAGCAGGACCGGAAAGCACUCGAUAUUUCUUAUUUUCCUAAUCAAACGUAAUAAUUAUCAAUAUAUAUUUAUAAAAACAUGUUGUCUGAAAGAUUUUGAUCUAAUAAAUCGAUUGGUUACACUUUCAAACCAAUAAAAUAAAGUUUUCAUGUAUUAAUUUGAUAUUCAAUAUUGCUAUCCGGUAAUGUACAUGUACCUUAGCAGGACCGGAAAGCACACGAUAUAUCUAUUUUCCUAAAUAAUCGUAAAAAUUAUCAAUAUAUUUUUAUAAAAAUGACUUGUCUGUAAGAUUUUGAUCUAAUAAAUCGAUUGGUAACACUUUCAAACCAAUAAAAUAAAGUUUUCAUGUAUAACUUUGAUAAACAAUAUUGCUAUCCGGUAAUGUACAUGUAUCUUAACAGGACCGGAAAGCACUCGAUAUAUCUAUUUUCCUACAUACUCGUAAUAAUUAUCAAUAUAUAAAUAUAAAAAUGACUUGUCUGAAAGAUUUUAAUCUAAUAAAUCGAUUGGUAACACUUUCAAACCGAUUAAUUAACGUUUUCAUAUGUUUUUAAUAGAAAUUUGAGUGCUUUCCGGUAUUUCGGUGCUAUCCGGUGCU